AUAGUUGACAACUGUCAUACCUAUUUGUCAGCGAUAAAUAAUUAUUAUCUUAACCUGACUUUUCAUUCAACAAAGUGAAAUAACAAAAAUUUUUGAUAACGUUUCAGUUAUAAUGUAACCAAUAUUAUUACUUCGGUGGAAUUGUGAUUGUUGGGGACAACACCGAUAAGUAAUCUUGAGCCAGAGCAAACGUUUAGUCAGGGAGAAUGACGAUGGGAUAUUAUUGACUUCAGUCCAUCAAUUAUUACGACGCAUUAUAAAACGGGAUGUAAUCGACAGUUAUUUAAUUUGUCGCUUAUACUGCGAUUCGAUAUUACUACCCAACGUUGAGUGAUUUCGUCUUAAAGAAAAAACGAAAAAAUCUCACAAAGAUGAAAGAAAAAGAUUCAACGGACGUUUCUGAACUCCCAGGCGUUGUUGCAGCGAUGCUCGAUGCCCUGGAUGACAAGUGCGGCGAUGUCAGGCAGGCUAUAUUUGAAGCUAUCCGUGAUAUUUCUAAGCUGAAUCCACCUGUUGUCGUUCACACCUCUCUCUAUUACCUGGAACUACAUCCCAAAAUUCCAACCCCUCAUUUAAUUACGAUAUUGAAACUCAUGGAAGAAGUUUGCCGAGACCCAGGGCCACCCUUGGACGUCGACUUGGCGAUUUUGGUUGCCAAAUUGGCUAUAGCGGAAUUAUCUGGAGAAGCAAAUAAACAGGCUUGCGAUCUUCUAGUCGCUCUUGGCAGAACUCAUUGUUCAAAAGCCACAGCUGCGGUACUAACGAGACUGGAACCAGGGGUCACGCCAUACCCAUGGGUGAUCCGUACUUUGGGAAUGCUAGCUGCUGGGAAUGCAUUUGGAGUUGUGCCAUUCAUAAAAGUAAGCAUGAGCGUGAUUCUGCCGAUGCUGGGAACGACGAAAGACGAUACUCUCAAGCAGGCAUUCUGUUACACUAUUGGAAGAUUCUGCGAAGCAAUUAACGAGUAUUUGACAAACAUGAGCGAAGCUUACGAUCCGACAAUCAGUAAAGAAAUGUUUGAAGUCGAAAUGCAUGUAGCGUAUGAUAUCCUUACACAUACCUGGCUGCCGAUGAGUCGUGAUCUCGAGACAACUGAAGCCAUUGUCAACGCCAUUGGUCCGCUAUCAAUGCUUCUGCCUCCGGAUUCAGAUGGAAAACGAAUUUUGAAGCUCGUGCCUAUACUUUUAAGCAUGUGCAAGAAAACCACCCUGCGAUUGGCUGCAACUAGGGUUUUAGCAACACUUCUGAUUUCUGCUACCGAAGAGGAAAGGGCCAUGCUUCAUCCCCUGAUGGAAAAUAUACACGGGACUUUGUCCGAUCUUGUCUGUGCAGUGCCUUUCGAUGCUUCUAGAGAAGCAGUUUGGACACACUACGAAGUACUAAGAUGUGCCCAUGCCCUGGUCACACUUUAUGCUGGGGAAGGGCUCGAUCGAUAUUUGCAGCAGCUCAAAUCCCCGCAGGCUAUUCAAAGGUCCAGGGCUCUGGUGGUUAUCAGGCAUUUGAUCAACACGCUUCCAACAGAGGAUAGCUCGGCGCUUUUGCGGAUCGCUUUGAGCCUCCAAGAAUCUCUGAAUGAAGGAAACACCCGCCAAUUAGUUGGAGCGAUUGCAGCCAUUGCUGCUAAAUCCAUGAUACUCUUAUCUCCCGAUCAAAGAGCAUCCUUUGUCAAGUUUAUGGUAAUUCAUUCCAGUUCGGAAAACGAAGAUGGUGAAUCCUGCGAGGAGGCUCUGAACCUCCUCGCCACGACCGUGACAGGUGCGGAAAAUUGGCUGUGGCCUUUGCUCUUGAAUUUUCUGACGGACCCUGCGUGCUCUGCGUCUGUUAUUUCUGUGUUGAGAGCACUGACUCCGAUGGCUGCAAAAAUAAUUAGAGACGAACACUGCGAGGCUUUGAAGAAAGAAUUCCAUGGCCCUGUAAUCCUCGGAAAGUGUUUAGAGCUUUUAAGUGAUGUUCAAAAUCAUAUCCCAGUGUUGACAUUCCUCAGGUUCAGUGCACUGCUGAUUGGACCGAACUUGGAGCGACUUUGGGAGAAAAAAUUACACGCCAUUAUUUUUCGACUACAAAAUAAACCAGAUAACAUCGACGAACUUUGUCCUAGCGCCGAUCCCUGGGAAGAAGAAAUAGUUGAUUUACUUGAAGAAAGUGUAAAACUGGAAACCGGUGGUUGGAGCAAAGAAUUAUCGGAGGAUUUAUUAGGCAGGGUUUCAGGAAGUUCCGGAGUUGCGCCCUUUCUUGCUGCGGUAACUACAGAUGUUGCACAUAUGUCUUUACUGGUCGAUUUGACCCGUACAAAAUCGGAUGACGAAAGUUACGCGCGAGCUGUUGGAAUCUGUUCUAAACACGAUUUAGAUACCGUGCUCAAACUGAUGGAGGAAUUUUGUGCUACUGAAGACUCUAGAAAAGUUCCUGUCAAACUAUUAGGGCUAAUGAAGGAUUUGAAGGCUGCAGCGACCGCGGAAGCUGCCAAAGCAGGCCUCCUCAAGUGCUAUGGAGAAAUCGCUAGAAGAUCCAAUGCGAUGGACGUUUUUUCUGCAUUAGAUGGGCACGUGCUCCCAUGGAUUAUCAGGCAGCUCAAUGACGCCAAAGAAUUAAAAACUAAAGAAGCAGGGCUCCUUGCUCUCGAACAGGUAGGAAAUGCUGCACAUUCAAGCAGAUUACCGGAUAGUUCUGGCUUUCGGAUGAGAGGCCCUGCUUUAGCUUCGGUUCUUGCACUUCUUCAGACACCUUCAGGGCACAAGCCUCUCCAGUUGUACCCGUACAUAUUGAAAGCUGUCAUCUCGCUCAUAAGAUUACCCCCGCUUCUAAGUCCGGAUGAACGCGAAGUUCUGCUCAGUACGUUGAUUCAAAAAAUGCUGGCAGCUAGUUCAGAGAUAAAUUCGCUGCUUCUACCACCGGAAAUACAACGCGUUUUAGACGGACUAGGCACGGUGUGCGGCGAAGUGGUUUCCGACUCUGCCGAUGCACUUGCAGAGCUCAGCGAUUCUCUUCUACCCUGGAUGCGGUCAGGCUCAUACUUUGAACGAAAAGCUGCACUUCUCACCCUGCGCUCAACACUCAGAUCAUACCACCAUCUGCUCAAGUACACGUACCCUGGAGGUAAACUAGAAAUAGGAAAAUUACUCGGCAACAUUUUGUCGAGAAGUUGUGACCCUGAACCAGUCUUUAGAACUCUCGUGCUCGAUUGCGUUGCUGUAACUCUUAGUAUCAGUGCCAAACACAGAUCUACUCUGCCCGAUAACAACGUAGACCAUGAUUUGAGUGAAAUAAAAAAAGCCAUUAUAAACGAAGAUCUCAAUGCUGUUUACGAGGCUGUCAAGAUGCUGGCAACUGUGGCGAGCGAAAGAGUUGCUGGUGGAGAAGCCGUAGGUUUAUCCGAGGGGUUGAUAAUGAAUUUGAAUAAUAGAGGCGAAGGUGGUCUAGCGGCAGGCAUUUCUUUGACUCAGCAUUUCAAAGUUAGAGGUUCUGACCUAGCACAUGCAGCUGUUCAUCUCAGUGCCGAAAUUCUUGCGCAGCUUAAGCAUAUGGAAAAUAUCAGUUGUAAGAAAGGCGCAAUUACUGCUAUAAAAACUCUCGUCACUCACCAUCCACAUGAAGUGGUAGAAGCUCUUUUGAACCAGCCAUUGCCAUUGAAUAAAGACACCGAGACUUGUUGGAAAGAAUUGGGAACUAACGAUGAACUCGGACUUCAAGUCUUGGAUAUCCUCCUGCAGAACUUGACGAGCAACAAAAUGCUCGACGAAAGCAUGUUAAGUGGCUGUCAAGAGAAAAACUGCAUGGCAUCCUUCACAUCUUUAUCCAGCGUAAUGGCGCUUGGUCACUUUUUUGAUGCGCCAAACUCUGAUGCUCUCAUAGCACAGCGACUGCCCGAACUGUUUUUCGCACUUUUAGCCAGCAUGGCAGCAUGGCUUCACGUCAAUGCUCCUGUUGUCACUGGGACAACCAAGUACGGAUUUGUCCCGAACAAAGAAACCUACAGAAUCAAUCCGUAUCAUGAAGCUUACACUGUUCUCAUGCAGAUUUUGGAGGUCGCUAGUCCUAACGGAUCCAAAAAUUUGACCAAUGGAACUAUUUUCGAGUCAGAGUGUAAAGUGGAGGACAGUUUGAUUUCGACCGUCCAAACAGUCGUGAAAAGCAUUUCUAAUAAAGAAAACACGAUUGUAACUCUUGCCAGAUCGGUCUGCGGUCUGGCCACGAGUAUUUUGCCAGCUCAGAGAGCUGUCUCCGCAGCAUUCUACGCGGAAUUAGUCGGUAGACCUGGUUGCGGCGACGUUUGGCUCGAAGUAAUUCUAAAUACGCUGCACGAGGCCAUGGCAGACUCUUCCCCGCUGGUUAGAAGAUUGGCCAUUGUAGGAUUGACGAGAGUUUCCAAUCUAAAAACUGACCAGGUCGGAGAGUACGUCAAAAGUUCCAUAGACUCUCUGUUGGAAGAGUUGGAGGUUCCGACCGGCGGAGAAGGUGGAAACGAAGUGACUCUCGAAUGCCUACGUGGGCUGGCUGUUCUCCUUUCUGUAAGAAGUCAGCGCCUACCCAAUCCACGUGUCGUCUUAGCUCUGAAGCCUUUCAUUGACAAGGAAAGCUGGGAGAUGAGAUUAGCCACGAUCAACGCGCUCGGAGCGAUAGCCCGAACCUGGGAGUGGACGUCGAAUACGGGAUAUGAAUCGAUAUCGGGUCAUCUUCUGGGCUGUCUCCCCUGUCUUCUGAUCAGACUCGAAGACCCCAACCCUGAUGUCGCCGAUGCCGUACGAGCAACUCUUCACGAUUCUGCGGACAUGUUGCAAUCGGAAACGCUAGCAUCGACGAUUCGCACUCACCUUGAACCCAAAAAAGAAGUGGAUAUCGAAGCUUUUUUCAAAGAACUCGUACUACUCAUGAUCAAGGAAAUUCCACAGCGCAUCGAAGAGCUCAGAAAUGCAGUUAGCCGGGGAUAUUCCAGAUCGGAGAACCCAUCGAUCAGGGCUACGUCUGCGUUGAUACUUGGACUGAUACAUACUCCAGCAACGGACGACGUCCAGCGACUCCUGCAACUUUUGAGGGACACGGAAAGCCAGGUCAGAGCCCGAGCUGCAAGAGCGUUAUCGAUGUGCUUUGCUACUUAAUUCUGUAAUAUUUAUCUAAUAUUUUUAUCCUGACCUUGCACGACCCUGUGGAUUACACUGGAUGAUUAGUACACAUACCUAUUAAAGAUAGACUGAAUGAUUGCAGUAGAUAGGGCGAAAGUUUUUAUUCUAAAUAAAGAGUAAUAUAAUAUCGUUCCAAUAA